AUGAGCUCCAACGACGCCUCGCCACAGGCAGGUGCAAGCUAUAACAGCAAUUCCUCAUCGGACGCCUCUGCUCAAACCCUGCCAGGCCACAACCCCGCAAUCGCGAAAUAUAACAAGCUCCAACUGCGACAGGAUACAAUUGUGAAGCCGGAUCUGUUCACAUUGUACUUUGGAUUCUUCGGCACAGGGCCAUGGAAACGCAGGGUUGCCAACGUAGUGACCGAGCGAGUGGAGAACCACUACGUGCUAACAUCACGAUCUCCAACACAAGAUGAACUGGACGCCAUCGUCGAGCACGGAACGCGGACCCUAUACUACCGACGUGCAGGCAUACCCAUAAGCUCAUUUCUUGGAACGGCAUGGCUCUACAACCAAGCCCGCAAGUCGCCGAACUUCCCGCGCAAUCCCACACCGGCAUCACUGCUCAACACGGUGCGAGGAAUGGCUUUGGAUUCUAGCUUCAAAGGCACCAUUGCAUCCGCUGCAUUCAAAAUGCUCUUUAUCGUGACUCUUGGCGGAAUGGCCUCGGGAGCUUACGCUGUUUAUAACGACGCCAUGCACAUGUUGACGGACCCACGAUUGAAGCAAUUCGUCGAGGACAUGCGCCAACAGAAGCCCGAGGAUGUGCGCAAGCGCAAACUCCAGGCUGCUUCCGAGCGUAUCCGUAACAUGCGCACUGGUGAGCAAGAUAUCGGCACUCAAAUGCAACAGGUCAUCGGUCAGCCUGGUGGGUAUGCCGGUGGCAACGGCGGGUAUGAGCAAGAGCAGGAUACCGCAUCCCCAAAUUCUUACUCUGAAUACGAGGCUACCGACAAUAUCUCGAAGAGCUCUGAAUCUGACUACAAUGAAAGCUACUCGCAGAAUUCGACUGUGGGUGCGGUCUGGGCACGCGGCAGGGGCUCACAACCCGAAUCAAAAUCAGCAUUGGAUUUCAUGGAUGAGGACGAUGCUAGUCCCACAGCUGCUGAAUACCGGGAUACCAACAUUGACGGGUCAUCGACCGGUAGUGCUUGGGACCGGAUCAGACAGCAGAAUGCCGGUGCUCGCUUCCAGCCUCGUCAACCUGGCAUGCCCUCACAGAAUCCUUACUCUUCCGAUUAUACCCGCAAUGAUCAACCCCGAUCUGGUUACAAUUAUACAAAUGGCAAGGAUCAAGCACAAGCAGACUUCGAUCGUUUGAUUGAAGCGGAGAGGAAUGCUGGUGGCGAAGGUUCAUCCCAGAACCGAGGAUGGUGA